AUGGCAUCACCGCCGCUACUGCUCUGCUUCCUUAUCGCCGCUGCGCUGCUGGCGGGGGCCCUAGGCACGACCACCACUGAGGAGCCCACAGCAUCCUCAUCAUGGGGCCCUGAAGGUCCAACACUCGGUCCUGGCCAGCCCUCACCAGCCCUGGAGGACUGGGAAGAGGCCAGCGAGUGGACGUCCUGGUUCAACGUGGACCAUCCGGGCGGCGACGGUGACUUCGAAAGCUUGGCCGCCAUUCGCUUCUAUUACGGGCCAGCUCGCGUGUGCCCGCGGCCGCUGGCCCUGGAGGCACGCACCACCGACUGGGCCCUGCCGUCCGCGGUUGGCGAGCGCGUGCAUCUGAACCCCACGCGCGGCUUCUGGUGCCUCAACCGCGAGCAGCCGCGCGGCCGCCGGUGCUCCAACUACCACGUGCGCUUCCGCUGUCCGCUUGAGGCCGCUUGGAGCACCUGGGGCCCAUGGGGCCCCUGUUCAAGGAGCUGCGGGCCAGGCCGUCGUUUGCGCCGUCGCAGCUGCCCAAGCCCCACUGGGGACAGGUGUCCAGGGCGUCCCCUGGAGACACAGAAAUGCGUGAGACUUCCUUGUCCAGGGUGCAGUCCCAAGAUAUGUGGAUGCCCUGACCAUGUUCUCCUGGGCCGAGUGGUCACCCCAUCUGGGCAAAUACUACCAGGAGCCAGGGUCUCUCUGCAAGACCAACCUGGCACUGUGACAACCACCGAUGACCAUGGAAACUUCCAGAUGCCUGGAAUCUGUGCCAGCAGCCGGGCCAAUGUCAGUGUCCAAAAGAAUGGCUUCUCUGCAGCCAUGGCCCAAGCCCAGGCCAAUAGCUCCAUCUCUGCAGUGGUCACUGUUGUCCUUGAUAAGUUGGAGAAGCCCUACCUAGUGAAGCACCCCCAGUCCCGAGUGCGAGAGGCUGGCCAGAAUGUGACCUUCUGCUGCAAAGCCUCGGGCACCCCCAUGCCAAAGAAAUACGCCUGGUUCCACAAUGGGACCCUACUGGACAGGCGAGAGCACAGGUAUGGGGCCCACCUGGAGCUUCAGGGGCUACGCCCAGACCAAGCAGGAACCUACCAUUGCAAAGCGUGGAAUGACGCAGGCGCUGUUCGUUCAGGCACUGCCCGGCUCACCGUGCUUGCACCUGGACAGGCAGCCUGCGACCCCCAGCCUCGAGAGCACUUGAUCCAGCUCCCAGAUGGCUGCAGCCCACCAGGCAGUGGCCCCACGUACUUGGACGUGGGCUUCUGCCCUGACACCCUCUGCCCCAGUCCUGUGGGGUCCAGUCCCCGCUGUGGCGAUGCCAGCUCCCGCUGCUGCUCUGUGCGCCGCCUGGAGAGCAGGGAGAUCCACUGCUCUGGCUUCCUCCUCCCAAUUAAGGUGGUAGCUGAGUGUGGCUGCCAAAAAUGUCUGCCCCCUCGGGGACUGGUCCAGGGAAGAGUGGUUGCAGCUGAUUCCAGGGACCCCUUGCGCUUUGCCCAGAUCUUACUGGGUCGGGAGCCCAUUGGCUUCACCUCCUACCAAGGUGACUUCACUUUGGAGGUGCCACCUUCCACUCAGCGUUUGGUGGUGACCUUCCUGGACCCCACGGGUGAGUUCGUGGACACUGUCAGGGUCUUGCCUUUUGAUCCUCGGGGUGCUGGGGUGUACCAUGAGGUAAAAGCCAUGCGAAAGAAGGCGGCGGUCAUCCUGGAUGCCAGUCAGAGCAACACGAUCCCCCUUGGGGAAAUGGAAGAUGAGGCCCCCUUGGGCGAGCUGGUCCUCCCGCCGGGAUCCUUCCGCAGGGCCGAUGGUAAACCCCAUACCGGGGCCGUGGAGGCUCGCGUGACGUUCGUGGACCCUCGAGACCUCUCCUCUGCGGCGGCCGCCCCAAGUGACCUGCGCUUUGUAGACAGUGAUGGCGAGCUGGCCCCCCUGCGCACCUACGGCAUGUUCUCAGUCGACCUCCGAGCCCCUGGCUCAACUGAGCAGCUGCAGACGGGGCCCGUGGAGGUGCGCGUGGCCGCUGGCCAGAUCCGCAUGAUGGGCCACGCAGAGGCCCUCAAACUGUGGUCACUGAACCCUGACACCGGCCUGUGGGAGGAAGAGAGUCACUUCCAGCGCCAGGGGUCCUCGGCCCCGCGGGUGCGUCGGGAGGAGCGGGUUUUCCUGGUGGGCAACGUGGAAAUCAGAGAAAGACGCCUGUUCAACCUUGACGUGCCGGAGCGCCGGCGCUGCUUCGUGAAGGUGCGUGCCUACGGCAACGACAAAUUCAACCCCAACGAGCAGGUGGAGGGUGUGGUGGUCACAUUGGUCAACCUGGAACCCGCCCCUGGUUUCGCUGCCAACCCCAGAGCUUGGGGCCGCUUUGACAGCGCUGUCACGGGUCCCAAUGGCGCCUGCCUCCCUGCCUUCUGCGACGCAGAGCAGCCAGAUGCCUACACGGCCCUGGUCACCGCCACCCUGGGUGGGGAGGAGCUGGAGCCCGCCCCGUCGCGGCCCCGCCCACCGCCGGCCACCAUAGGCGUGGCCCAGCCCUACCUGGACCGCCUAGGGUACCGCCGCACAGACCACGACGACCCCGCCCUCAAACGCAAUGGCUUCCAGAUCAACCUCGCCAAACCCAGGCCAGGUCACCCCUCUGAGGCCAACGGCCCGGUGUACCCAUGGCGUAGCCUUCGAGAGUGCCAGGAAGCCCCGGUGACUGCCAGUCAUUUCCGCUUUGCGCGUGUGGAGGCAGACAAAUAUGAGUACAACGUAGUCCCGUUCCGUGAGGGCACGCCGGCCUCCUGGACCGGAGAUCUCCUGUCCUGGUGGCCCAACCCCCAGGAGUUCCGGGCCUGCUUCCUCAAGGUGAAAAUCCAGGGUCCCCAGGAAUACAUGAUCCGCUCCCACAAUGCGGGGGGUAGCCACCCACGCACCCAGGGGCAGCUAUAUGGGCUUCGGGAUGCCCGGAGUGUAAGAGAUCCCCAGCGCCCCGGUACCUCUGCUGCUUGUGUGGAGUUUAAGUGCAGCGGGAUGCUGUUCGACCAGCGACAGGUGGACAGGACACUGGUGACCAUCAUGCCCCAGGGCAGCUGCCGCCGUGUGGCUGUUAACACUCUCCUGAGGGAUUAUUUAGCUAGGCAUCCCCCACCUGCUCAGUCCAAUGACUCAUCAGCGUUUGCCAUGCUGGCUCCUCUGGACCCUCUAGGUCACAAUUACGGUGUCUACACAGUCACCGAUCAGAGUCCAAGGCUGGCCAAGGAGAUUGCCAUUGGCCGCUGCUUUGACGGCUCCUCUGACGGCUUCUCUAGAGAGAUGAAGGCAGAUGCUGGCACAGCUGUCACCUUCCAGUGUCGGGAGCUGCCAGCCGGCAGGCCCAGCCUUUUCCAAAGGCUGCUGGAGUCCCCAGCGAGAGCACUUGGUGACAUCCGAAGAGAGAUGGGUGAGGUAGUCCGGGCACAGUCCCAAGCCACAGAUCCCCUCCGCACGCGUCGGGCCAGGACCCGGCAGUGA